AUGCCCACCACAUGUCGGAAAGGAGGCCCAGACCUCUCCCUCCAGCUCGUCGACCCUUCAACGCCGCUCUACCCAGGCAGCGUCGUCCUCGGCCACGCCGUGCGCAAAUCGCACAUCGUCGCCGCGAACGCCACCGUCCGCGUGCGCCUCCAGGGCCGCGCCAAGGCCAAACUCGUCGUCGACCGCGGCAACAACUCCAAGAGCUACUACCGCUCCCGCUUCAACUUCUGGUCGCAGGGCGCCAUCGCGGACGUCGUGCACAACGGGCCGGUCCACGUCGCGCAGGGCCCCGGCGCCGAGGCGCAGUCGUGGCCGUUCGCGCUCGCGCUGCCGACGCACACCGACGCCGGCGCCGUGAACGCCGCGCUGACGGAGAAGGAGAGAGAGGCGUGUUUCCUGCGCGCGCCGGGGGAUGUGAGGGGGAGCUUGGGCGUGCCGGAGCAGCCGCUGCCGGGGAGUUUCUUCUUUGAGCAUUCGGGGUUCGGGAAGAGCUGGCACGGGUUCGUGGAGUAUUGGCUCGAGGCGGAGUUGGUUGUGGAGGGGAAGAGGAAGAUGGUGGAGGCGACGUUGCCUGUGAGGGUGUGGUCUGUCCCGUCUCCCUCGCCGCCGAUCGCCGACUUUGGGCUUGUUGGAAGGACGAUGGCGGGGUGUGUGUCGACGCAACGGCUCAUGCCGGGUAUGGAGGAGGCGAAGUUGUCGUUUAAGCAGAAGUCGCAGAAGUUCUUCGGGUCGUCCAAGGUCCCGACGUUUCAUUACUCGCUGAGGGUGGAAUAUCCCACGCGUAUACAGCUUGGGAACCCUUCAACGAUCCCGUUCAGGCUGAAGCUUACACCCGACAGAGAGAAGAGCUCGGAUGUCAUUGAAGACGUGCCGCAGAGGGUCAUUAUUAAGAGCGCGACGCUGGAGGUCCACAGCACAACAGCCGUCAUCUGUCCCGGCUCUUUCGAUCCCCAUGAAGCCAGCAAGUCGAGGAAAGCAUGUAUCGGAAAAACGAACAAGUUCAUAAACGAGAUUGACGGUAUCGUGAUACCGUCGUCUUCAAAGGAGGAGCCACUGGAUCUUGGUGCGGUGAUGGACUUGCGACUCAACGCAACCGGCUCGGUUCCGGACGCGUCCAGGUUCGGGGCCGGGGCGUAUCUGACGUUGGCUCCCACAUACACAACGUAUUGUGUUCAGUUACAUCACAUGAUGAAGUGGGAGAUCCAAGUUCUCAUCGCGGGAGAGUCGUGGGAGUGCGGGUGGCAGCAGAAGAUUGUGGUUCUUCCGCCCGUUGAGAAUGCCAUGAGUGGUGGCCCUGGGCAAGCUAUGGCGACUUUGGCUGUCGAUAGUCCAGUUCCCGCGCCGCCGCCCGUGGAAGAAGAAGUGCCGGCUUAUGACGGUCCGAGUUCUGCUGCGCCGGCGUACGAGAAGGUGGUUGGUGGUAAUGGGGAGGGAUCGUCGGCUGUUAAUGGGGACACCAAGUCUUGA